UAACAGGGGUUCAACGGGAAACCCCCUAUGAAUCCAAUAUCAGACACAUAGGCAGAGGGUGGCCACCAUCGUCCAUAUCAUGGAGCCCGUGAUGCAGUUGCUCCGGCGGAUGGAUUGUGGAUGGAAGUUAAUGUCGCUUAUGCUCGAGUGGGCACAGGAUCAUGUGCAGCGGGUGAAGGAGGCAUGCCCUCCUUUGGGGUCCUCGAUCGCAGACCGGAUCAUCAGGCGUGUGCAGGCCCGCACGGAGCACAUGCUAGAGCCGGCCCACUGCCCAGGGUUCUUACUGAACCCCCGCAGGCGACAUGUUCGAUAUUUUUCGGCAAGGUGGAGGAGUACCAUGCUUGGCUUGUGACGCAAGCCAAGACGUACAUUCUGACGCAGACGGGUUUCGAGUUGGAGGGUGCGGAUUACCUCCUUGCCUGUCGGCAGUUCGAGGACUUCCACAUGCAGCAAGGAAGGUUUGGUGAUUGGGGCGGGGCGGAAGGGGGUGCUCGUGGGCGCGCAGGUAGCGGUGACGCCGGGACGAUCGAGUGCGCGUCUUGGUGGUCCAAGUACAGGGUUGGCGCCGCAGAGUUGCAGCGGUGCGCUCUUCGUGUGAUGCACAUGUGGUCUUGCACCUUUCCAGCAGAGAGGAACUGGGCAGCCACGAGGGCAUCAACACGAAGAAGCGCAACAGGAUGCGGUUACGUGCUGCCAUGGCAGCGUGACGAGGGGAUGUUGGACUGCCAGGCAGGACUGGAGGUUGAGCCGAUGCGUACGGGCACGCGCCAGGGGAUGACGGAGGCGGAGAUUGCAGAGGAGGUUGCGCUUAUUACGCACGAUCUCAUCGGGUCUUCCGCACCGCCAUCCGCUGAUGUCGUUUUCGAGAGACGUGCUUGCGUUUUCCUCUCGACAGCAGGGGAGGAGGUGCCACCACAAACGACGGUUGAGGAGGAGGUAGCGGCAACGGCGCCGCAGGAGGCCGUUCCUAUGGAUCAUAAUGCCGAUGACGGUACGGACACCGAUGACCAGCUCAUGCGGCGCUUCAUCACUGAGGAGGUCGAUCCUGUCAUGGGGGGGUUUACCCCGGGGACGGCGAUCGACCCGGGGAUUUCUGCUCACACAGGGGAGACAGUGUCAGAGAUGGGGACGCACUUCAACUUCGACUUGUCGAUAAGCGCUCCACCUACUUGCGGUUGGACGACAUCGACGGAUAGGGCGCCAUCACGGGACGAUGCAGCAGACGAGACGAGGACGCAGACCCCGAGAGAGAGGACGCAGGCGGAGUCUCCAGAUACAGCACGCGAUAUCAUGGAGUGAGAGAGGGCUCAACUUAUGGCAUCGAGUAAC